AUGAAUUUUUUGCUAAUUUUUUUUUAGUGGACUGUGAAUAAAAAAUGUGUAUUCCAUUUAUAAAAUUAUUUUGAUUUCUUAAAACUUUCAAUAUUUUUACAAAGGCAUUGCAAUGGCGAUGGACAGUUAAACAUGUGUGUGGUAUCUAGCCAAUUUGUGAAUGGAUUUAGGUGUAAUGUGUACUGGAGUUGGCAACCAACUGUUAGCCACUCCAUUGUUCAUAACUAUAGUAUCAUAAUAUUUUAUUGUCAUAUCAUAGUGCUGGUUUUCCGGUUGCAAUGGCAGCAAAAGAGGCCACAGCUAUAGAUGAACAUGUACCAGGUAGCGAAUAUAAAAAUGUUCUGUUCAGUGAGAACUUUUCAAAGAGCAUGACAGAUGAUAUUUGGACUAACACCACCUUCUACACGUUCACUAAUUUUGUGCUACAAGGAGAAAAAGAUUAUACUCUACAAGGUGCUUCUGUCCUUGACUUGGGAUGUGGUGGUGGUUUGUUUUCUCGUUGGGCAGCUGCGCAAGGAGCUUCUAAAGUUGUUGGAAUCGAUCUAUCAGAGGAGCAAAUUGCUGUUGCUUGCAAAAUGGAUGAAGACAAUGAUGGUCACCAUUCAUCUGGUAUUGAGUACUAUACUAAGGAUGUGAUAGACAUUAAAACUCCGGAAUAUGGCGAGUUCGAUGUCAUCAUAGCUGUCCACUUGCUUUGUUACGCAGAUAACCCUGAAAAGCUGCAGCGUAUGCUUCAAGCUGUGUCGGUUUGUUUGAAAAAGGGCGGCCGUUGCAUAGGAGUACGUGAAUGUCUUGAUUCUGCUUUAAAAGGUCCAGUGUCAAUGAAAAUGAAGGAAGAAAUAAAGAAUGGGCCAAUGCUUGCAUACCAGAUAAUACCACAGUCAGAUGAAAUUGUCGACAGCAAAGAUUGUGAUGAUUUUUGUGCUUGCAUUAAUGAGUUUCGAAGUUCAGAUGGCUCAAUCAUUAAAUUCAAAAAUUACGCAGUUAGCGAAUCAACAAUGAUUAAAAUGUUCAAUGAUGCUGGCUUUGAAGUGAAUGCCUGUGGGCCAAUGUUGACUUGCUCUCCAGAGGGAAAAAAGAUGUUUCCACCUAAUUUUAUUGACAAAGUUACAAAUAAUUAUGGAAAAUUGUUGUGGUACUUUGAUAUUACUAAGAAUUAAUUAGGAUUGAUUAAUUUAUGCUGCAAUUUUGUUUUUCUUCAUUUUUGAAUGAGUCUAACACCUGGUUUCCAUAAA